AUGAAGAAUGCAGCCACAGGCACCACUUGUGCCAUCAAAAUAUCUCCUUACACGCUUUAUAUUUUUACUAACGGCGCCCCUUCAUUUCAUUGUUUUCGCCUAACAAUGCUCGUUAUCGAGCGUCCUGGCUGCUAUAGGACCCUGCUUUUGAUUCUGGCCGCUGCGUUCAUUGCAGCAGCGACAACAGCAGCUUCAAUCGACUUGUACGUAUCUCCAACAGGUAGUGACACUGGAAGUGCAGAUGGGAGUUUUACCAAGCCUUUCAAGACGCUUACACGAGUGCAACAAGCAGUCCGAACUCUGAACAAACUCGAGGCAAACAAGCAAACUCCCAUCAACGUUUUCCUUCGAGCUGGUCGCUACGAAUUGUCAGAAACAUUUGAUUUCACCGACGCUGACUCGGGUGCUGGCCAUGACGUGCCAGUAACAUACCAAGCUUACUGUGAUCCAGCAGUGGAGAAGGCAGCGAUAUCAACUCGAUCAUUUCCGUAUCACUCUGGCUCGAAUAUCCCUCCGCGACUGCUGUGGAAUGGAGUGGGUGAUAUCGAGGAAUGGGAGGGCCCAGUAGACCCCUUCGCUCAGAUGGGAGUCAACCGUAGCGCCAAUUCUCUGUUGGUAGUACCUAAUCCUGCUCAAUACGUUGGUACGGACAUUGGUACUGUGUGUGUGGACAAGAACAGUGUUGGCCACACCUGCUACGCUCAAGACAGUCCCAUGGCGACAUGUGUUUCUGGUUGCAUGGCUGCGUGUCAUAACCAUAUCGCUCGAAAGCGAUACAGUAAGAUCUUUUACAACAAGUUCUCGCACUUGUUUGGUAAGGAUUUACGUAAGGAAGAGGACUGCAUUGAGAUUUGUUCGCUAUCGUGUCGUGGCUGUGAGAAGGUGGUGAUUUCAGGAUCAAAAGUGAUAGCUGCUGGAACGUUGGCGUGGACUUUGGAUCACUCGGUCACGGUGACUUUUGCAAACGGAGGAUCGCAAGUUCUUAAGGUCUUUAGAACAGAUUUAUCCUCCAUCCUGCCAGGCCUCGCAGGAGUCGUGCCAGCCAAGCCCGAGGAUGUUGCUACGUUUACUACACUGUAUGUCGAUGAUGCACGUUUGCCUCGAGCAGGGUUCCCGAAUUGCUUGGUGGACUCAUCGUUACCUGCACAGACCUUCAAUUGCUCGUAUGCACCUGUAAACGUGGUGGCCUCGCAAGUUGUAUACAACGCAACUACAUUUUCGAAUCGUGUACCGACGUGGACAAAUGUGAAAGAUAUCGUGGCAGAUCUGCGGCCUCAGAGUGCUCAACCUGCAAAUCUGUACUAUUCGCUCUCUGCAAUUGACUCUGUAACGGGUGCUAUGCAACUUGGUGCUGGUGGAUCGGAACUUUCGUACGAUAUCUUUACAGAUGGUCCUGGUGCUUCAUGGUCGUCGUCAGCUAGUCUUGACCCGGCGAUUCGAAUGGAAAAUGUGUUUCAAGAAUUGGAUUCUCCAGGUGAAUGGUUCUUCGACGUCCCCACGCGUCUGUUGUAUCUGAUCCCACUAACGACGUCGACUACUGCGACCUCGUUGGCCAAGAGUGUUCUGGAGAUCCCGUGGCUUCAUCAAUUGCUACGUGUGAGUGGUUCCCGUGAGAAUCAAUAUGUCACGCCGACUCACGCCCACACGACGCUGGAGGAAACCACCUCAAACACUAAAGCUUCAAACCUUCGCUUCCGCUAUCUCACAUUCUCUGGAACGCAGCUUCAUCAUCUCAAUAUCUACGAGCGAAUUCCUGGUUCGGCAUGGCCCAUGACGCGGGUGGCAUCGAUCUUUCUGGAGUCAGUAACAAACACGACGGUCGAAUACUGCAGUUUUGAGAAGAUAGGCGGUAAUGCGAUCAUGGUAUCCGGUGAGAACAGCAGAAUCCAGAUCACAAACAACAACGUCUCGUUUGUCGGUAGCAAUGGCAUUUCCGUGCUUAGUAGACGUGGCUUCCAACUCAACUCGUUUCACGAGCCUGUACUUAGCCACCUCCUUGUACCGAGUGCUGUUAACAUCUCCUUCAACCAAGUUCAUCACUUCGGUCAACAAGUUGCACAUUCAGCGGCGAUCAUGGUAGUCGGAGCGAAGCAAACUACAAUUCACGGUAAUCUCGUCUUUGACUCUCCAUUCAGCAAUAAUGUUGCUGGGGAUACUGCGCUUUUCAGUGCAACGGCGUACCAUGUUAUCAACGCUAAAGGAGCCAACUACAAGGACGGACUCCCAUUGAUUCGCCCCAUCACUAACCUUGGAGAGAAGGCUAUACCUAUCACACCAGCACCAAUGCUUUCUUCGCAGUACCAGGUGACUGUGGCGCUGCUUGGCUUUGACGUUAACGUUGUGGCGAAACUCAUAGGAGCUCCCGAGUGUUUCUCUGGUAGUGGCCGAGUCGGGUCCCUAUACGGAGAACGCUCAGCGUUCACAUACACCAGUUGCUCUGGCUGCUGCUCAGUGCACAACAAUUACGCUAAAUUUCGAGUAACUGGAUCUGGCGUAGCGUGGACUGACGCUGCCUCUCGCGAAGUUGUGGUGAGGUCUGGGGAGUCUAUCGAUCUCACUGCUACGUCGUCUGCAUAUUUCAACUCCAUCGUAGACGUUUACUUGGGCUUCCACGUUGUCACUCCCAACCAGAUUUUCAAUCUACCGACUAGAGCCAAGUGGCAAAUUCUUACCAGAAACUGCAAAUACGUUGAACAAGCGUACCAAGAAACUUGCGGCGGUCCGUGUGUUCAGUUAGACGGAUGCGGCAACUCGAAUAUUGCGCUGCAACAAGCUCUUGGAACGUCGUUGGCUUGUGCCUCUGGCUAUGAGUCCGACCCGCAGUCGCUGGUGUGUUCAGGUCCCUUUGAGGCUCAGCAAGACUGCGACGGCACAGGAAUAAUCAAGUCGCACCUGUUCUACAACUGCUCCAUCAACUGCUUCACGACGACGUGUACCUGA